UGGAGGAGCGCUCUGUGUCCGGGGAGAAUGUCAGGGAGUAACCAGCCACAGGACCUAGUGCUUAUUAAAGAACUAGAGCUCAUCUUGGAUUCCUGCAAGCUGGAGCUCACACCAGUGGAUGAAGUCUGGCCCAACCUGUACAUAGGAAAUGUGGCUGUAGCACAGAAUAGAAAGACAUUACAAAAGCUUGGCAUCACUCAUGUCCUGAAUGUGGCACACUCAAAGCAGGGCAGCAUCGGUGACCAGAGCUUUUAUGGGAACACCUGCAUUUACUUUGGCAUCCCAGCAGAGGAUUCAGAGCGCUUUGACCUCAGUCUGUACUUUAAACCCGCAGCUGACUUCAUACAUAAUGCCCUGAAGAGCAAAGAUGCAAAAGUGCUGGUGCAUUGCAUCAUGGGCAUGAGUCGAUCGGCCACUUUGGUCCUGGCAUACUUGAUGCUGCGGCAGCGUCUCCCACUGAGAGAUGCCCUGAGGCGUGUCAUCCAAAAACGAGCCAUUUACCCCAACCAGAAUUUCCUGUCCCUCCUCCUCAAGCUUGACGAACAGCUGACACUCAAACGGAGGUUGUGUCCUCUUCUCUGACAUCCCUCUCUCUCUUUAUUUCACCUCCUCUAUGCUCCUUCAUCACAUUAGCCAUUAGUAACCGCAAUACCUCUCUCUCUUUCCAUAUGUUACCCUCUAAUUAUGGAAAAAUAAUGAUUUGCUAUCAAAAUGUGUAUGAUGUAGUUAGAGGUAUGAGUUGGUUUGUUGGUGGUGAACACUGGAGUGACAUUUUAAUUCCAUGUUUUUAGUUCUAAGUUCUGGUUACAGCAGCAAUGUUCUUGUGUAAUAUUGUAAAUAUCUGUACUGUACUGUCAUAUUUUGUUUUUCAUAUUCAAAAGUUACCUGUCAGUGUUGUCAGACAUGUCUAUAAGAUUUGUAAAUACAGCUUUAUGACUGUUAAUGUCCAUUAAAGAUGUUUUAUAAUA